GUGUGGGCGCUCAGACCAGAGCAGCGCCAGCGGCGAGGCAGCUCCGCGAGCCGCUGUUGCUUCUGCGAUAAAAAAAAAUAUAAUAAUAAUAAUUAGAGUUAAAAAGAGUGUUUUAGUUUUUCUUUAAAUUUGUUUUCAGCUCCGCCUGCGCUGAAUACGGUCCGCUCGGGUUGUUAAGGCGACAUGCAGGAAUCCAAAACUGAUCAGGCAUCCAAUAGCAGCCCAGCUGGCCAGGAUCGACCAAGCUCGGAGGAGGAGCAGCAGCAAGUGGCCGGUGAAAGUCUGUCAACAGUAAAAACAUCUUCACCCAAUUUACAGCAAAUCCAACAGGCACUUCAAGUUGCUCAACAACAGCAACAGCAGAGUGGGGAGAAGUCCCUGAAGAGCGUGGAGAAGGAGUCAGAAACACAGGUGCCUGUAUCAUUGGCGAUGAUGACUCCCCAGGUAGUCACGCCUCAGCAGAUGCAGCAGAUCCUUCAGCAGCAAGUCCUGAGCCCCCAGCAACUUCAACUGUUAUUGCAACAGCAGCAGGCUGUAAUGUUACAACAGCAACAGCUCCAGGAAUUCUACAAGAAGCAGCAAGAGGAGCUCCAUUUGCAGCUCCUCCAGCAGCAGCACACUGGCAAGCCCAGCAAAGAGCAGCAGAUGGCCGUCCAGCAGAUGGCUGUCCAGCAGCAGCUCCUUUCCCUCCAGCAGCAGCAUCUGCUCAACCUGCAGAGGCAGGGCCUGUUGACGCUUCCUCCGGCCACAGCGCUCGCCUCGAUUCCCCAGAGUUUGCUUCCAGCCGAGCUUCAGCAGCUGUGGAAAGAUGCGAAGGAUGGCAGAUCAGAUGAGAAAAGCAGAGGAGACAAAUCACCCUCACCUCCUAAACCACAUGUCCUCAACCAGCACCCUAAUACCAACGGACACCAUGCACCCCGACCCAUCAGAAGAGAGAGUUCACAGGAGGCUCAGCCCCAAAACAAUCACCCGCUCUACAGUCACGGUGUGUGCAAGUGGCCCGGCUGUGAGGCCGUGUUAGGAGACUUCCAGACUUUCCUCAAGCAUUUAAACAAUGAACAUGCGCUGGAUGACAAAAGCACAGCUCAGUGCAGAGUUCAAAUGCAAGUUGUUCAACAACUUGAACUGCAGCUAGCUAAAGACAAAGAACGCCUCCAGGCCAUGAUGGCCCACCUCCAUGUCAAAUCUACUGAGCCUAAACCAACCCCACAGCCGGUGAACCUGGUUUCCAACCUCACUCUUGCCAAGGCAACUGUUCCCAAGACCAUUCCCUCUAUGAGCCUUUCCCAAAGUGCCACAGCCCCGUCCACACCCCUCACACCGCUGCCUCAGACUCCCACAGUCAUCAUCCCCACCAGUCUGCAUGGCGUGGGGCCCAUUCGCAAGCGCUACUCUGACAAGUACAACAUGGCCAUGGACCAAGAUAUUGUGCAAAAUAAGGAGUUUUAUUUGAGUGCUGAAGUCAGACCUCCAUUCACAUAUGCAGCUUUGAUAAGACAGGCAAUUUUUGAGUCUCCAGACAAGCAGCUAACUCUAAAUGAAAUUUACAACUGGUUCACUCGAACCUUUGCCUACUUUAGACGCAACGCAGCGACAUGGAAGAAUGCUGUGCGACAUAACCUCAGUCUUCACAAGUGUUUUGUGAGAGUGGAGAAUGUGAAGGGGGCCGUGUGGACUGUGGAUGAGAUGGAGUUUCAGAAGAGAAGACCACAGAAGAUCACUGGAUCACCUUCCCUUGUGAAAAACAUCCAGACAAGCCUUGGCCAAAGCCCGGCCCUCUCUGCUCUCCAGGCAGCGAUGGUGGACAGUACCCUGCCGCAGUUCAGCUCUGCCUCUGUGGGAGGCUCCACUCUGAAGGCCCUGGCCAAUGCUAUGCACGAAGAGAUGAUUGCUCACGAGCAGGAUGACGGAUCCCACAGUGACUCUAGCUUGGAUUUGUCUCCCAUGUCUGCUCUGCACCAUGCUGGAAUAAAAAGCGAGCAGUAUGAUGGGGAGGACAUGGAUGGCUCCAUGUCUCCAGAGAUGGGAGAUGAGCACAGUCCAGACAUGGACCACGACACAGACUAUCCCGAAGACCACGACCCACAGCUCGUCCGCCCGACUGCUUUUUCCUGAAGUCCAGCCAUUCCACAGCCAGUUCCACCUGGACUUCAGAUAACCCAAGUCCCUUAUUGACAGCUAUACAAUGUACCAGCAGACUUUCACAAGGAGUUCAGUUCACACUUAUUCCACUUGGGAACAAAUGUUAUUUAUUCUUCAGAGCUACCUGUUGUUUUGUAUGCAAUGGAUUGACCUCAGCGGUACUAAAGGGCUCCUCUGUAUAGAGGUAAUUCAUUGGUAAAGUUAGCCUGUAGACUAGCAGAGGAUGUUGAGAGGAGAAGGAGAAGGAGUAGGAGAAGGGGGGGCUGUUCAACUGAUUCAGCUGUUGGAUGUAUUGGUGUUUUGAGUAUAAACUUAAAUGAAGCACUACACCACCUUGGUUGACUACAUGGAGAACCUAAUCACUCUAAUCAGGUGAUUCAUGUUACGAUCAUUUUUUAUUUUUCAUUUUUUAUUUUUUUGCAAAUACCGUUUUGACACUAGAAGUAUCUAGGACCAGUCUUGCUGUAGAGUGUGUAGAAACUCUAUGAACUCCAAAUCACGAAGCUAGCUUACGAGUCUUCUCACGUCUGCUAUGUGCUAAACUAUGUUUAGUCCAACUUUAAUCACCACUGCCUCAAAUACUAUGUGGUUAGUCACUGACUGGGGUCACGCUUGGCCUUAAAUGUGUGUCUGCCCAUUAGUUCUAUAGGUCUGCUCACUGAAAUUGUGAAUGUCUUUUAAAACUUUCCUUUAAUUUUGAUUUUUGUUGUUUGUUUGUGUUCAUGGUAGAACCAAAACCAAAGGGGAACAUUUUAUAACCAGCACUUGAUGAUGAAUGUGUUUUUUUCCUAAUGAUUAGUUGAUUGUUUUUUUUUUUUUUUUUUUUUUUUUUUUUUUCAUUCCAAUUGUUUGUACAGAAUGUUACUAUAUCAAAUAGCAUAGAACCACCAUCACCAUCGACAAACAGUCAAAAUGUACAUUUCCUUCAUUUACUUCAGUUACUAACAAUGAGCUAAACCAAAAGUCGCUGUAUUUGUGUGGAGCAACAUUUUUGUCUAGUUUUGGUUGGGUAUCUUUUCCCAACUGUAGGUAGGAGAUAUCCACAACAGUUACCAAAGAUUGUGAAAGUAAAGAUGCUUUUUAUGAUGAUAUGUACUUUGUUUACAUUGUCCCUUUUGAUAUAACCGUCACUGAGAUGUUUUCAUUGCAGUCGCGCUGGGACUGAAUUUGACGUCCCGGCGGUGCAUGACUAUGUAAUGUUUGAACAUGGAUGGACAUAAAGAAAAAGUACAAGAUCAGGCAA